AUGAAUCCUCCUCCUAGUAAUAAGAUAAUAAACUGUCCUGGUAAAAGGGUUUCAGAUUACCUAUUUGUAAAGGAGAUAGGAAAAGGAGCCUUUGGAUAGGUAUCAAUAUUAAUUUAGAUAGGUAUUUCAAGCGAAAAACUUGUUAACAAAUGAAGUGGUUGCCAUAAAAUGUAUACCAAGAUCGAAGUUAACUGAUCAUGGAGGAAUAGUUGGAUAAUUAAUUCAAAGUGAAGUGGAAGUGCUAAGAUAAAUCAAUAAUCAGCAUGUUGUUAGAUUAGUGCAGUAUUUAGAAUCUGCAAAUUAGUGCUACAUUGUGUUAGAAUAUUGUAAUUGUAAUAAUCAGAUUAAUAAUACAUCAGCUGGUGAUUUUGAAUAAUUGUGGCAAAGUAGAAACAAAAAAAUUCCAGAGAAUGAAGCUAUCAAUUAUAUGAAAUAGGUGUUGGCUGGCAUGUAAGCCUUACAUGAGAAGAAUAUUUUGCAUCGAGAUCUUAAGCUAGCCAACAUAUUAAUCCACAAUUCCACUUUAAAAAUUGCAGAUUUAGGAUUCUGUAAAUAAUUGAGUGACCCUAAUCAAAAAGAAAAAUUGAGUCUAGGAUCUUUGGGAAACAUGGCUCCGGAAGUAGUCGAAUAACAACCUUAUGGGAUGGCUGCAGAUAUGUUUUCCAUUGGCAGUAUGUUUUAUCAACUUAUUUUUGGAUAAUUCCCAUUUACUAAUCAAAGUUAAUAGAAGUUCUUAGAUGACAUAAACAACAGUAAAAUAUUCAAAUCCCUAUUACAGAUAAACCAAAUUUUAGAAGAAAUGGAUUAGUGAUUUCUUAAGAAUUAGAGUGUCUCUUAGAGAGAAUGUUAAUGAAGGAUCCAAAUAGGAGAUUGAAAUGGAGCGAACUUUAUUCCCAUCCAUUGAUGUAAUAAAAAGAUUUAAGUAGACAUAUAUUCUAUAUAAGGAUACGCGUAAUUAAAUUUGAAUGCUAUCCAAGCUGAUUUAAUAAAUACAAAGGAAAUGGAGCAAUUUUACAAACAAAAGGAUCAAAAUAAAAUGGUGGAAAAGCCUUAAGAUAUACUUUCUAGAUUAAACAUUAAUAAAUAAUAAGAAUUUUAGAUUAAUAGAGCUGUUUCUUAAUAAUUAAUUGAAGAUGAAGGUACUCCCGGUCAACUAGAAGACAACAUUAAAUAAGUAGAAUAACUGUAACAAAAUAUGGAACAAUAAAUAUAAGAGGAUAAAUUGGUUGAAUAAUAUAUUGAUAAGUAUAUGAGAUUGAGAGAUGAGAUUGUCUAUGUUUCAAGAACUUUGAAUGAAGCAUAUGAAAAUCUUGGAUUAGAUUAAUGCUGCUUAAUUUGUCUUCUUUUGGCUAAAAAGAUUUACAUCUUAAACGAAAGAUUGACUAAGACUUUAUUAGAGAAAGACAAUAUCUUCUAAAUUAAUGAUAGGAUAUUGAUCAAAAUAUAUGCCCAUCAACAUUUUGAAAAGUUUAUCUAAUAAAUUGUCGAAGAAACAACCUUUGCCAAAGAUUAUGUGACUUAUUUUGCCGAAUCAUUAUAGUAUCUUUUGUGUUUAAUUAUUUAGACAGCAGCCAAAGCUCUUUUAAAACAAAUAAAGCUGGCAUUCAGAAAUUAAUAAAGAAAUUUCACCCUAAUUCAAUCUAAUUUUCAAAGAAGUCCUAAAUGACUUCGUUUUCAAAUUAAUGGAAAAGACACAUGAAAAUAAUAUGAAUAAAGAAUAUGACGAAGAGAAGAAGAAAUAAACCAAUAAACAUUUAUUCUAAUUAUAAAUACAUCUAAUUGACUGCAGUAAAUAUGAUAAAAUUUAUAAUUAACAUGGAGUAACAUAAAGCUAUUUAAUUAUUAGAAAGUGAAUAUUUAUGAGUAAUUUGAUGGAUUAGCCAAUAAACCAGUUUUCGAAUAAUAGUAAUUAGCGUAGCAGAGAUUUGACGAAAUGUUUGAUUGA